AAUGAACCCUAAGAUUUCGGCCACUUCGCCCUUUCUUAUAUCUCGCCUCCUGCUCUCCUGGUCUCUCCCCUUCCUAUAAAUGGGGAGGAGACCCCUCUGAUCUCUCCCCUCUCGAGGCUUAGCAGUAGGAAAAGAGAGGGGGAGACCACGGAUUCGCUUAGCCGGAGGCCGACGCUAGGAGAAGCACUGGUCCGCGCCCCGGGGCGCUGAAACCCUAGGAAAGGAUCGGCGGCGGUGUUCGCCGCGGUGGAUUACAGGUGGUGAGGAUGUCGACCCCUGCAAGGAAGAGGCUGAUGAGGGAUUUUAAGCGAUUGCAACAGGACCCUCCUGCAGGAAUCAGUGGUGCUCCACAGGACAACAACAUCAUGCUCUGGAAUGCUGUCAUAUUUGGCCCUGAUGACACCCCUUGGGAUGGAGGUACGUUCAAACUGACACUUCAGUUUACAGAGGAUUAUCCUAAUAAACCACCAACUGUGCGCUUUGUUUCUCGAAUGUUUCAUCCAAACAUUUAUGCGGAUGGAAGCAUAUGCUUGGAUAUCCUACAGAAUCAGUGGAGUCCAAUAUAUGAUGUUGCUGCAAUACUUACAUCAAUCCAGUCAUUGCUCUGUGAUCCAAACCCCAAUUCCCCUGCAAAUUCAGAAGCUGCACGCUUGUUCAGUGAAAACAAGCGCGAGUACAACAGGAAAGUACGUGAGAUUGUGGAGCAGAGCUGGACAGCAGAUUGAUGGUGGAUCCCGCCCCCUCCAAUCAACUGAUGCUUGGUUGCUUUAUCCGAAAGUUGUGGGACACCAUCUGUAGUUAAAUGAUGCAGUAUAUAUAUUGUAUUCCAACUUCAUGCUUGCUGGUACCAUAUAGCUGCGUGGCUUUCAGACAUGGACAUUUUUAGCUCGUUUUCUGGAAUAUCUGCUAAGCUUUGUGAUAUGGACAUGGACAUUUUCACCGGACCUUUUGUUUCACACCUUUGUCGAUACCUAUUUCAUUCGAUGUGCUGGCUUGUCGGAUGAA